UCCACUCACUCCGUCGCCUCCUCUCAUCCCAAAUACCACCACCCAAUCCACUCCCACACCGCACGUCCGCACUCCACCCACACACUCCCUCACCAUGGCCGCCCAGCUGACAGCCGCGCUGCCGUCCUACUCCCCGGCCACGACCAAGGCCGCCGCCGGCUCGUCCCCGUCCAGCCACUUCCUGGCCUACCCCAGCCGGCCGCGCAAUGUCCGCAAUGGCGUGCGCGCGCAGGUGUCGACGACCGAGCCGACCGCGGAGCCGGCCCCCGCGGCGCCGGCCAAGCCGGUGAAGAUCUCCAAGAAGCAGGACGAGGGGGUGGUGACCAACAAGUACCGCCCCAAGGAGCCCUACGUGGGACGGUGCCUCCUCAACACCCGGCUCACCGGCGACAACGCGCCCGGGGAGACCUGGCACAUGGUGUUCAGCACCGAGGGGGAGGUGCCGUACCGGGAGGGGCAGUCCAUCGGCGUGAUCGCCGACGGCGAGGACAAGAACGGGAAGCCGCACAAGCUCCGGCUCUACUCCAUCGCCAGCAGCGCGAUUGGGGACUUCGGCGACUCCAAGACCGUGUCGCUCUGCGUCAAGCGCCUCGUCUACACCAACGACGCCGGGGAGGUCGUCAAGGGCGUCUGCUCCAACUUCCUCUGUGACCUGAAGCCGGGUUCAGAAGUGAAGAUCACUGGGCCGGUGGGCAAGGAGAUGCUCAUGCCCAAGGACCCCAACGCAACCAUCAUCAUGCUCGCGACGGGUACGGGUAUUGCGCCGUUCCGCUCCUUCCUCUGGAAGAUGUUCUUCGAGGAGCACGAGGACUACAAGUUCAAUGGCUUGGCAUGGCUCUUCUUGGGGGUUCCCACAAGUGACACUCUGCUCUACAAGGAGGAGUUUGAGAAGAUGGUGGAGAUCGGCGGGGAGAACUUCCGGCUGGACUUCGCGGUGAGCCGUGAGCAGACGAACGCGGCGGGGGAGAAGAUGUACAUCCAGACGCGGAUGGCCGAGUACAAGGAGGAGCUCUGGGAGAUGCUCAAGAAGGACAACACCUACGUCUACAUGUGCGGGCUCAAGGGCAUGGAGAAGGGCAUCGACGACAUCAUGGUCGACCUCGCAGCCAAGGACGGGAUUGACUGGAUUGACUACAAGAAGCAGCUGAAGAAGGCCGAGCAGUGGAACGUCGAAGUAUACUGAUCAUCUUCAUCGUGCCAUUACCAUGGAAGGACUUGCAUGCAUAUGCUAAUGUUUGUCCCACCUAGUUUUCCUUUUUACUCCAGUUUGGUUGUGCAAAGCUCAAGCUUCGGCCAUAUAUACGCCUUGUAUUUAGCGACGACUGAGUGGCACGGCGAGCAUCAAAUGUUAAACCAAUUGUUGGCUCCUCUGAUGGAUCGAUCAAUGUAGAUAUUGACACACAUUGGUCCCGAGCUUACUCGAUCGUCUUCUCGUCUUUA